AUGUCGAACCUAGUGGUGGUGGUGGACAACGGCGGCGGCCUCAUAAAGGGCGGCAUCGGCGGCGAGCGAGAGCCGGCGUGCGUCGUUCCCAACUGUACCGCCCGCCCACCUUCCUCCAAGAAGUGGCUCCUUGCCGACCAGCUCCUCUCCCCCUCCGAGGACCUCACUUCCGCCACCAUCCGCCGCCCCUUCGACCGCGGCCACCUCAUCAACCCCGAUCUCCAGUCCUCUCUCUGGGCCCACCUCUUCACCAACCUCCUCAAAAUCCACCCCCCGAGCUCCUCCCUCCUCCUCACCGAGCCCCUCUUCUCCCUCCCCUCCAUCCAGCGCGCCGUCGACGAGAUCAUUUUCGAGGAGUUUAACUUCAAGGCACUCUUUGUGGCGGACUCCCCGUCUCUCGUGCACCUAUACGAGGCCUCUAGGAGGCCGUACGGCCUCCUAUCGAGGGCUCAGUGCAGCUUGGUGGUCGACUGUGGGUUCAGCUUCACGCACGCGGCCCCGGUUCUCCAGAACUUCACCCUGAAUUAUGGGGUCAAGAGGAUGGACCUCGGGGGAAAAGCGCUGACGAACUAUCUCAAGGAGCUCGUCAGCUACCGUAGUGUGAAUGUGAUGGAUGAGAGCUUUAUUAUGGACGAUGUGAAGGAGAAGCUGUGCUUUGUCUCUCUUGAUGUGCAGAGGGAUCUCAAGAUUGCCAGGAAAUCUGGAACUGACAACAUAUUUCGGUGUACUUACGUGCUUCCUGAUGGUAUAACUUAUACAAAAGGUUUUGUGAAAGAUACCAAUGAAGCAAAUAGAUACCAAGCCUCGAAUGAUGGAACUUCUCCAGCAGGUGAGAAGCAUUAUGCGGACACACAGCAUGUUACUGACAGACCUCGGGAGCAUAAGAGCAUUGACCUAACAAAAAAUGAAUUUACCUUAACAAACGAGAGGUUUCUUGUUCCAGAGAUGAUAUUUCGACCAGCUGACCUGGGAAUGAACCAGGCAGGGCUUGCAGAAUGCAUUGUUCGAGCUGUCAAUUCAUGCCAUCCUCAUCUUCACCCGGUGCUUUAUGAAAGCAUUAUUUUGACGGGUGGAAGCACAUUAUUUCCUCAUUUUGCUGGAAGACUAGAAAGGGAGCUUCGGCCUCUGGUUCCUGAACAGUACAAAGUGAAGAUAACAACUCAAGAAGACCCAAUUUUAGGCGUAUGGCGUGGUGGAUCACUUUUAGCAUCGAGUCCUGAUUUUGAGGCAAUGUGUGUCACCAAGGCUGAGUAUGAGGAGCUCGGUUCUGCUAGGUGCCGCAGGAGAUUCUUUCAUUAG